AUGGGAACGCACACAUUGGUCACUAUCGUCUCUGGGUUCACCGCCUUGGCUGUGAUCGGCUCUAUAAUUAGCAUCGCCUACAUCGUAAACGAUCUCAACAACUUCUACGAUGAUGCUAUCGAGGAUCUUAACGUCUUCAAGGGCGUUGCCGACUCUGCAUGGCACAAGAUGUUGCCUAACCCUAUUGAGCUCGAAUGGGAAAGAAAUGGCAAGAGAGCUCCUCGUGGGGCAGGAGGAUCAGGAUGUGGAUGUGCUGCACAGCCAAAUAAUUGUCCACUCGGACCUCCAGGACCACCAGGAGAACCAGGAGCACCAGGAGAAGAUGGUGAGCCAGGACAACCCGGCCAGCCUGGAGGCAAUACUGGUGGAAACGGUGGCUAUAAAGGCGGAUCAGAAUGUGUAAAAUGCCCUGCUGGAGAACCUGGUCAGCCCGGCCCAGAUGGACCACCUGGUCCUGCUGGUCCUGACGGCAAUCCAGGAGCACCUGCAAGUGGAGGAAGCCUUAGCCCACCAGGCCCACCCGGACCACCUGGUGACAGCGGAAACCCAGGAACUCCAGGACCAGCUGGCCCGCCUGGACAACCUGGUGCUGGAGGACGAUCCGGAAGAGGCAACCCUGGACCACCUGGACCACCAGGACCACCUGGAGGACCUGGACAGCCAGGUCAAGAUGGAAUCCCAGCGAAUGAUGGAGCACCAGGGGCUCCCGGACCAGCUGGACCGGACGGAAAUCCUGGAAGUGCCGGAACUGACGGACAGCCUGGCCAGCCAGGUGGAUCUGGAGAGACGGGAGGUGAUGCCGAAUACUGUCCAUGUCCACCAAGAGGUGGCAGCUCAGCAGUAUCAGACACCUCUUCUACCGACAACCUAUCACCACCUUCCGGAGGAUAUCGAAAACGAGUUGUUCGUCGCCCUCAGGGAGUAUCAAAAAGAAUUGUCGUCAAGGCUUAA